UUUGAAUCGAGAACUAAUUGCACUUUCGAUUUUCAGAACAGCAUAUUUUGGAUGCGGAACUCCGAGACGUUUGUAAAAUGGCUGGAUAUUUUGAAAAACAGAGAUUUGAACUGUGUGCGCUGCAUGCGCUGAAUAACUUGUUCCAGAAACAGGAAUUCACUCGACAAGAGUUGGAUGACGUCUGUCGAAAUCUGGAUCCGGACUCCUUUCUGAAUGCGCAUAAAUCCUGGAUUCCGGGUUUCGGCAAUUACGAUUACAAUGUUAUUGCUGUUGCUCUUAAAUCGAGGGGAUAUUCGCUGAAUUGGUUUGACUCAAGAAGAGAUCCGUCUGAGAUUUGCACGGGUGACGAUGCGUUGCUUGGUUUGAUAGCAAAUAUAUCUUCCAACUUGAAGAUUGGACCAGUCGAGAUUCCUUUUGCAAGACGUCAUUGGGUCGCAAUCCGCGACCUGAAAGGCAUGGAAACCGGAUAUUAUUUGUUGGAUUCCAAACUUCCUGAGCCUAAAUUUAUAGGCAACAAAAAUGAUCUCGUGGAGUUCCUCAGAGAAUGGAUGCUUGAUGGAGAUAAACAAGUCAUGUUCGUCCUGAAAGAUGACGACGACAUUUCUCAGUCUAGUUCGUGACGCAUUUUAUCGAAUUUCUUAGCUUUAUUAUCGUAUAGCUUCAACCGCGAGAAAAAUCUGUCCAUGUUAUUUUAUGCUUCUUCUUCGCGGAUCUGCAUUGGGUUAAUUCUUGAGAGAGAUGAUGUCUGAACUUUCUAGUUUUAUGAAGACACAGUUUCGUAGUGGCCGCUUAUUUUUUGAGCUUCUUGUGAAGUUGUAAACGUAUCGUGUAAGAAGUUAGAAACCGUGGGUCGAAGUUGUUAUAGGAGUCGAAACACUUGAGGACUUCUGCUCACACAGUUUUUAGUACAAAAUGUGUUCAGAGAAAGGACGAAGGGUGAGAAGCGCUGCUAUUCCGGUGUGAAAUUUGACGAGAGUGAUUCAUAUAGGAUAAGAAUUUUCAAUCAAAAAGCUUUGUAAACUGAGAAAUCUAUAGAAGUCUCAGAUAUAGCGGCAUAAAUGAAUAAUUGGGUAUUAUAGAAGCGAAGUUCUCUUAUUUAUUCGUAUUAUCUACGAAAUUUGGCUGCGUGUCAAAUGGAAACCAGAGACUGUUUUUUCGAUGUUCGAUGGAUGUGGAAACAUUGAGAAGGUGAAAUAAAAUUAGGUUUGAUGUAAAUUUUCAAGAUGAAUCGCAAUGAUUGAAGAACUGCUGGUGGUUUGUUCUCCAUAAUUUGCUGAGCCUAAUGUGUUGGGAAAACAGAAUUAGCAUGUGAAUGAGAA